CCCCUCUAUACCCUCUCAACGACCGUCGCCGCCGCGCACUGUGUGUUUUGAUAUGCGCUUUUUAGCAGAAUGCAUGCAUGCAUGCUGUCUUCGCCUCCUCUCUCUCUCAAUCACUUCGUCUUCAAAUCUUUCCAUAGUUUUUCAUCUCUCUAGCCAUGUAGAUGAUAACGCUUCACCGUCCACGAGCAACCUGUUCACUCACUAGCUGUCGCUAUAGUUGUCGCCAUCGUCUCUCGGAUUAUUUCUGAAGGAAUAUUGCAUUGGGGAGUAGGCUCAGAAAACGGGGCGUACAUUUUGUGUUUGCAUCAAGCAGUGAACGUGUUGUUUUGGGUGUUUAAGAACAUAAAGAUACAAACACACAACCUUGAAUCGGACGAUACUAUCGGAGAAACCAUGACCACAGACGUAGGUUUUAUAGCGGGUGUCACAGUGGGCGCGGCUAUCGCCUCAGCAUUCUUAUUUGCCUGUCUAUACUCUGCAUACAGGGCCGUAAUGGACCGAAGGAGGAUUGAGGAUAAAAACAAAAGCAUCCGUGACCAGAGGUUACUAGCAGCCGCAGAGUGUGAGACAGGAGCUCCAGUCGCAGAGCCAGCCCUAGCUGAAACAGCAUCAGCAUUACAACAACAAAAACAGCACCUAUCUCCAGAGGGACUAGGCCGACAGCUAAGAGCAGGUAGCGCCCCAAAUAUCCAGGAGGCAAGGAGAGGUUCGGCAUUCAAGCCCCCACCAACACCAACUGAGAAGCGGUGGACAAGACAAGGGCUUCAAUACCGAAACGAAGGCGGUUGCGUUCACAUCCACAAAACAGACAGUACCAGCGGCAACACGAAUUCCGAGUGCGGGAGUAGAAAGAACUCGAGGCAGAUGGAUACGGCUGAUCUUGAAGGUGACGUCUUCAUGACGGUGCCGACGACGCAUCGACAACGUUCCGCCUCGGCCGACGUGACGCAUACAGCACAGUCACCAACAUCAUCCACCACCAUCACGAUAACACAACCCACACAAAAACCGGUCUAUUUAAGUACAGAUGGAUCAGGAACACAGCCACAGAGUACGACAGAAGCACCCAAGUCUGCACCAGGUUCUAAGGAUCCAUCUUGGGUCUAGACUGAACUGUAUCCAGUGGUGUUGAAUCACUCCUCUCUUCCAGAUUCAAGAACAUCUUUGAGCUAUGACUUAGUCAUGGUUCUACAUGACGCAGCUUCGAGAGGUCAGAGCAUCGUCGGACCAGCUCCUGAUCAAUGGCUCCAGAAUCAAGGGCAGGCACCGAAAUGCCAAGCGGAUGCUCUGUGGUUGAUUAUGAUUGCGUGGAUUACUUUGAUGGAAGAUCGAGCUUUGAUCUCUAUGUGCCCUCGAAAUGAUCCCCAUGGUCUCGAAAUGCACAUCCUCCAAGAGGUGUUACAGUGACGGAGGAGGAGCGAGUGAAGUCUAAAUUACAAGGUUCCUUUUGUGAGAUCCGCACUGUCUUAUCGGAGAAUGCUUAAUGUCGACAAGUAGUUGUGGUCAGUAGACUGCAAAGUAGCGCCCGACUUAGUGGCAGUACCAAGUACAACUAUAUACGAGUUAGACUAGUCGUGAGAGUUUAACGUAGUUCUCUGAUGAGAUGAUAGACUGCCAAGAUGAACCAGUGUAGAGGAAAUCAAUCCAUGUAUAUAAACAAAAAUUAUUACAGUACCACAUGUAAAUCGAUGCUUCUUUUUUACCAUGUUAUUUAACCGCAAGUGCAACAUCGAUUUGAGUAAUGAACAGAAUACUGUAUGAAUACUGUGUGAUUUAGGAUGCUACUGUUCAUAGGCUGUUAUAUGUGUUACAAACUGAAUACACCAAAGUAGAUUGUAGAGAUGUGUUUGAAGUUAAAAAGUAUAAUAAUGAAUAAAAAAUUAAAAAAAAAUAAAAAACGAGAGAAAGGAAAGAAAAAAAAAAGAUAACAGUAAUAAUGUUGGUGAUCCGCCGUUCCAAUCAACGUUUUUCACUUGUUGGAAAUCGACCGCAAUAUUCGCCCACGCGUCUUACCGAGACAUUUGCCCUGGGGAAUAACGCGCCUUUAUGAAGUUUUGCAGACAAUGGCUGUUGGAGUGGUGGGAAAAAGGAUGCAUUUAUCAUGCUUUGAAUCGAGGCAAUCCAGUCAAUUUACUGUCGAAGAAGUUAACAGAUAUAACCUUUUUGCGGCUUACAACAUGCGCAGCCACUUGAGUUUCAGCCUUGAAAGUGUAACGUAUUACAGAAGAAAUUGCUUCGAAUCGCCUGCAUAAAGAAUGAGAGUUACCUUGGCUAGUAUAUAAUCAUAGAUCAUUCAUAGAGGUAGUUUAUAGCUGCUGGGUAUAAGGGAACCCACGUCCUUUUACACGAAAUGAGUUUCUUUAACGUAGAAGCUGUGCGUAUUGGGUAGCUUCCUGCUGCUUUAUGAUCAAUAUGACAAAAAAAUAAUGCAUCACACAUCAAUAUUGAACGCGGAUGAGAAGAGGAGGAGAUGAAAACGAAAACGGAAAAGGAAAAAAAAAAGAAGGGGAGAGGAGGAGCGUCAGCAAAAGAUAUUGGUUAAAGGGCUAGAGGACAUAGUAUAAAGUGUAAGUAGGUUAAAAGGCUUCGACACAGCUAGAUGCUCAAAACGCAUCCAUUAUCCUCAUGAAUGAAUCAAGUCUCAAUGUCAUAUGGAUGGGCCUAUUCAGUCAGACAAUAUUUAUAGAGACGCAUCGUACAGCCAACACACCCAAUGUAGAUAGCCCUUAAUAUCUAUUGCACACGAGGCCAUAUUAUACAUAAUACGUAUAUAUAGGACUGCGUCAGAAACUUCCGCGCUCUUUGACGUGCUGUCAGGAGUUGCGUCGUACAAAAGGAGCGUUAAAAAAAUUCUUAAAAUCGUAUGACCGGUGUUUGAGCUUAAUUAGCGCAGGUGUUGACGCAAUCAAUAUGACGCAAGAUAGCGUCAUCGAAUACGGCGCUAUAAGGAGUUGUGUCGUUAAAACGAUGAGUAUAAAUUUCUUUAGAAUGUAAUUACUGGUCUAUAAAAUUAGGCUUAAUAGGCGCAUGUAUUGACGUAAUCAAAAUGACGCAAUAAUGCAUCAGCGACUGUCGCGGUCCUUGACGCGAUAUGCAAGAGUGUUAUCAUACUAACGAUUUAACCAAAAUGAACACCGACAACUUUGCUGUGAACCAUUGGCGCAUGAAUUCAUUGCAUCCAUAGACUGAAUUAACGGAGGGGUGGACCUAGCUUAUAUGAUGACGGCACAUGUACAACGGGCGCCAGACAUGCCCAACAUUAUUUUCCACUCGCUAUCUGACGAUUAUCAUUUCCCUGUUACAGUAAUCAUGCAUUAUUAUGUAAUCUACGAUAUAUAUCAUGACAGUAAAGAGUCAAGACACAGGACUCAUGAUGUCCUUUAAAAUUUGUCAAGUUCUCGUGCAACGUGUCCAUUGGAAUGUAAAUAAGUGAUGCAGCGUUUACAGUAGAUAUGUAUAAAUGUCAUUUGAUGAAGACAGAUGUGUAGUGAUGAAAGAAACUCCAGCAAUAAGAAUUGCUCCGUGAUAAGUGCGCAAUUAUUCUUUCUAUAUAAAUAUUUAUGAAGGUUCGUGUAGUUGCUGACAGUAUAGUACUUACGUUGUAGUAGAAUAUAGUACGGUAUAAAAACAGUUAGAGUUGAUUUAGUAGAAAUGGGCUUAUGAUAUUCCAGUAAUUAUGAUUAUAAAUCGGUCACUAAAAUAAGCUGUCGAAAUGUGCUGUAAUUUUGAUAGUAGUUUACCAUUUUCUGCUGUCAAAACUCAGAAUCUCAACUAUUUACAUGUGUAUGUGAUAUUGUUGAAUAUUCACUGAAUAUCUCUUAAUAACGUAUUAUUCGGGUGUACAUUUUUUAUAAUCAUUUGAUUUGAUCAGUGGUUAGGAGCUGAGGGUUUGCUAGAGGGGGCGGCCCCCCCCCCCCCCCGUCCUCCAUUUGUAAAUUUCUUUGGCAAAACUGUUGACCAUUAAACCCUAAGAAAAAGCAAAUUAAAAUUAGUUGAUACGCCUCUUGUGGCGGUGGCUAAUUUGUUGGCCAAUUCAGUCUUGUACCCCCCCCCCCUUUCAAAUGAUCCACCGACACCAUCCUAGGCUCCAUCACUUUAAAAGGAGAAAGAAUAUUUAUUCAAUAGAAUCUGAAAUCGUGAGAGGCAUGUGUCUUUUAUUAAACUUGUAAACACCAGUCGGAAUGAAUACUGCUGUAAGUGACACUGUCAUGUUUGACGUCUAACCUAAUAAAUAAUACAUUGAAAUGCUGAGCUGAUAUUAUGGUGACUCAACCAUACCAACUGUUGCGCGGGCUCCGCAUUAUAUACAUUAUGAUUAUAACGCUUUAUAAUUAAAGUGUGUAUAGGUGUGUUUUUCAUCACUCCAACCUAAUGCACGGAUAGAAUACCGUGCAUUAAUGGAGGCUGUUAUUGUAAAUAUCUCGCAUUGAUAGAUUUAUAAUUUUGUUACGUUGGUUUUCGUGUCUUUUGGUAUUUCUGUUCUAUUUUUUUAACCUUUGUUCUACGAAAGCAGAUUCCGAAUUGUUGAUACUCGAAUAAAUGACAUUCAUAUUGUGAUGAUUAUUUCAUAA